ACAAACACGAGAUUUUAUGUUGUUUUAUUUUUUGAUAAGGCAAAUCUUAUGGACCAGUCCCUAAUUCAGCCGGAAAAAAUGGAACUGGUGAUUGUCACUCAUGUUGUGGAUGCCAUCACGUUUUGGGCUCAGAAUGUGACAGACAAAAUAAAUGAGAAGAUCAAUUUUACGCUGGCAGAAAAAUGCCCCGGCUCACCUAUACUCAUGGGAAGACCAAGUUCACACAAGGUCUAUGGGGCAAGAUAUUCAGAGGACAAGUGCUGGUACAGGUGUACUGUGCAACAGCAAACAGAAGACAAGUUCUACAUUUUGUACAUCGACUAUGGAAAUACAGAAAUUGUCGGUCGAUCUGAUUUAGUUGAACUCCCAGAAGAACUGCAGACAACAGGACUUGCCAAAAAGUACAAAUUCUGGGGCUUUCACGUGUCAAGCGAGCAGGAAUCCCCAACUUUUUCACAGGGGAAGUCCUUUCUUCAGAAUAUGAUUAACGGAAAAAAGUUGCGUGUCCAUAAAAAGUCGGUUUGCUUUGACGGAACCAUUCUGGUUGAAGCCUUCCAGGGGAAUCUUGACAUUGGUGAGGAACUGUUGAAAUUCAAGUUCGCCAAAGUCAGUCUUCCUGGAAACAGGGAGAACUCCCUUCCCUCAGUAAACCUGCAGGAGCGCACAGGACUGCGGCCCUCCAGAAACGCCCUGGGGCAGCUGGACACACUUGGCUCUCCACUGGGAUGCAUGCCCAAAUUGCGACCAAUAUUAUCAGACCAGAAACCUCUAAUUAUUAGGGAGCAGAAAACUACCAUUCCUCUCCAGCCUGUGGAGAAACCUAAUGCUGGUCUAGAACCUCUUACCGAGAUCGAGGCCUCAAAGACUGAUGUAAAUGGACAGCGGUUGAGAUCUCAGGAUGCUGAGGAUGUGCCCAAUGACACAGUGUCUGAACUACAGAUGAUGAAGGAGGUGAUAAAUGAUAAGGACAUGGAGAUCAAGAAGCUAAAAGAGGAAGGAAGUGCCAUCCAGCAGCAUGCAUCUCUCCUGGGGCAGCAGCUUGAGGAGGCCAAAUUAGAGCUCCAGGCACUGAAGGAGAGUUAUGAGAAGACGAAGGACACUGAACAAAAUCAUCCUACAACACUUGCAAACAGAAUGUCUCAGCUGGCUAAGAAAGUGGAUUCUUUGAGGAAACUGAGGGAGAGUGGUCCAAGCUCCACUGAUCAAGAUCACCUUUUAGAGUCUAUCACCAUCAUCACGAACCACAGGAUCUCAAUGCCUUUGAGCUCAGAGAGGCUGGAGCUUGCGUGGAAAGCUUAUGAUCAAACUUUGGAAAAUCUAAGAGGUGGUCAAACUAUUGCAGAAGUAGAACCACUGGUGAACAGCAGGGAUGAGGCUCGUGGUUCUCUCUUAUCUGCUGUAGAAAACUUCCUGCAGGAGGUGGACAAGCUGCCAGUCGGUGGCCGCUUGAACAAGCUUAAGGAAGUUGCAUCCUCACUGACUGCAAUGUUUAGCUCUCUUACGCUGGUGGAGCAGCCCGAAGAGUUCUCUUUUCAGAAGUUCUGCGAGUGGAAGUGGCACAAACAACAGAAAAUCCAAAGUUUGCGAAAAACUACUGAUGACGCUCUCCUAGCUCUAAGCUCCUGGGCAGCCAAGCUUAGCAAGUUUUCAUGUUUGGUGGAGAAAACUUCAUUGACCGGAGAUGAUGUUGCUGAAGGUGUGGAUGAGAUCCUCGUGAAUGCUGACAAUGCCUUGUGUGAAGAACUAAAUGCUGAAUUCUCUGGAAAAGAAGAUCAAGAGAGGAAAAUAGUGUUUAAUGCCUUUCAUAAAGCCAUGCAGGACAUCCAGAGAGAACAAAGUUUGUUAGAGGCAAUCAGGCAAAAGUACGAACUCAACACAAAGUUUAAGCAGGAAAUCCAUCAGUGGCAGAGCGGUCCUCCUAAAGCAGAUGAGCUGUUUGCGGUGAAGAAACAAAUCAGGAGCCUGAGAUCUCAGCUGCGCUGGAAACUGGUGGAAGUCAGCUGUCUGGAGGAGGCAGAAGAACUGGACCUGCCAGAGAUUCUUAAGAAGAAGGAGGAGAUCGCGGAGAUGAGAAAUGCUCUCUUUCAAGAAAUCGGACAUGAGAAGCGGCAAUAUAUAAUGCUGUGUGACCUCAUGAACAGAGGCUUUCCUGAGUUGCCACUGAUCUAUCCUGAUGCAGAUAUCAGUGGCUAUAUGAGCUCUGCAGGACUGUUAUUGAAGAGCUUGGACAGAGACAUGUUUGACGCAGAGCCAAUGAAAGAGUUGAGUGGGAGGAGACCUCUUCUUAGCACAGACUUCCAGGGACAGAAAGUAGUCCUGAAGUGCUAUGCUGUGGAUGAAGAGUCAGAGGCGAAGAUGCUUGAACAAUCUGCCCGCUAUCACAGAGCUCAGCAGCAGAAUCCUGAUACAACUGUCCCUCUCCUGGCACUGUUUUGCGGCAAAUCUGAUCCUCUGGCAUACAUCAUGGUACCACACUACUGUAAUGGGAGUCUCAGGGCCAUUCAGAAAUCCUCCCCACUCUCCCAUUCUGAGAUCAGGAAGGUGAUGAAGGGCGUAGCUCAGGGACUCCAGAAUCUUCACGCAGCAUCUCUUACUCACGCAUCUCUGCAUCCUAACAACGUAUUCGCCAUCGGGCGAGAAAAAGGCAUCGUUGGAGAUUAUGAUUUCACAAAGACACCUGAGCAGAGGGUGUCUGACAGUGGGAUGGUGGCUGGUUCCAUCAGUCUGGUGGAUCCAGAGUUAAAGAAGGGUCAGCUGCCUUCCUCAGCCAGCGAUAUGUAUGCUUUUGGAGGCAUCAUGCUCUGGCUACAUGUUCCAGACUUCGGUGGAACCCUGGAGAAAGAGCAUCAAAAUGUUGAGCUCUCUGGUUUGGGUCUGGAGGCCAAAUUGGACAAGCUUCUAUCAAAGCUGCUGGUUUCCUCUACAAGACUGUCUGCUUCUGAAGCCCUAAAGGAAGACUACUUCUCAGCUGAUGUGUAAAAGUGAAUUGUUCGUGUUUGCGUUUUACCCUUUUUUCUUUAUAAUUCUAAGAAGAAAAAAAAACCCAGAGGCGUUUGUUUGUUCCUUACGCCGUGUUUCAUGCUCCUGGAGUAAAUAAAAAUAUGUUUUGGUCAAUA